ACCAACAAGAACAAUGGCGGUUUAUCAUCUCCUUCUCUCGAGCCCACCUUCGCUUCUUCUUCUCCCUCCUUCUCCUCGCCGCCCUAACCUCACCUUAAUCCGCCGUAUCCCAGCUCAUCCUCGCCUCGGAAACUCGACCAGCUUGCUUUCUUCUUCGUCACCGGUAAUUCGGAAAAUUCUGGUUCGUAGCACUCUCCGGGAAGACCAACCCAUCGCCUCUGACUCCGAGAGUAGUCCUACUCUACUGAUCGGUGAAGAUUCUGCUGCUUUUGAAUUAGGGAAACAGAAGCUUGUUUCCUGGGUUUAUUUCGGUGUUGUCCUUGGAGUUGUUCUCUUUAUCCUCAAUGUUGUUUGGAUCGAUAAUUCCACCGGUUUCGGAAAAUCAUUCAUCGACGCCGUCUCUAACAUCUCCGGCUCACCGGAGGUUGCUAUGUUAAUGCUUAUCCUUAUAUUUGCAAUUGUACAUAGUGGUUUAGCUAGUCUAAGGGAUAUAGGAGAGAAACUUAUAGGUGAACGAGCAUUUCGUGUUUUGUUUGCUGGAAUCUCUCUUCCUUUAGCUAUGAGCACCAUUGUUUACUUUAUAAACCAUAGAUAUGAUGGGUCACAGUUAUGGCAGCUUCAGGGUGUUCCUGGAGUCCAUGAAGCUAUUUGGGUCGCUAAUUUUGUAUCCUUCUUCUUUCUCUAUCCUUCAACCUUCAAUCUUCUGGAGGUAGCAGCUGUUGACAAACCGAAGAUGCAUCUCUGGGAGACCGGCAUCAUGAGAAUCACUCGACAUCCUCAGGUUUUGAACAUUUCCCUAAUGUGCCUAAACAUGAAGACAAUUUCCUUCAUUUUUGUGUUUCAAAAAUACAGAAAGAUUGGAUUUUUAUGAGCCAAGGUUUAUUAGUGGCUGUGUUAAUGAGACCCCCAAUCAUUGAAUCAAUUAUGGGCAGGUAUUGGCCAUUGACUUAAAUACACCCAUUACAUCAGCACAAUCAAAUCUCCUCAUCCUUCUAUGUUUAUUACAUCAAUGCUUGAUUACUUUACUUGAUAUUGCUUUUGAUCUUAAAAUUCUUAUCCAAUUGCUUCAUCAUGUGUUUGGAAAAACUUGAUAAUAUAUAGAAAGAUAGGCAUUUUAGCUUCAGUUUUGGUUUGUUCUAUUCUCUCUUCAUUAUACUGGCUUUGUUAAUGAGACUUGAUUGUUGCACCUCUCUCCUCUGAUCUUCUCCAGAUGGUUGGACAAAUCGUUUGGUGUUUAGCACAUACUCUCUGGAUCGGAAACACAGUAGCUGCAUCAGCUUCUCUCGGUUUGAUUGCACACCAUUUGUUUGGGGCGUGGAAUGGAGACAGGAGAUUGGCAAAAAGAUAUGGAGAGGAUUUUGAAAGCAUCAAGAAGAGAACAAGUGUGAUUCCAUUUGCUGCCAUUUUCGAAGGACGGCAAGUUUUACCUGAGGAUUACUACAAAGAAUUUGUCAGGUUGCCAUAUCUUGCAAUCACUGCGUUAACGGUUGGGGCAUAUUUUGCUCACCCGCUAAUGCAAGGUGCAAGCUUUAGGCUUCAUUGGUAAAUUAUAUGUCAUGCUUUAGGCUUCAUUGGUAAAUUAUAUGUCAUUUAUGUUUGUUUGUUUCCUGCAGUGUUCAUAAAGACUUGUU